UAGGUGAAAUCAGCUAACAGGCCCCAAAGCUGCUGAGGGUGGGCAGCAGAGACAGACUGCACAAAGAGUGUAUUUUUGUAAGUCUUGCUACCAUAGGAAACCAGGGGAAUUGUACACUGGCUAAAAUGAACAGUUUUCCAUAGAUUUAUUUAUGGGCUGGAAACUCCUGCAGCUCUGGCUGUUGCCCACUAGAGGCCGUGAAGCACUUAUGUCUUUCCUGACCCAGAUUACCAGAACCGAAUAAAAAGGAAAAGAGAAAUGGAAAAUGUGCUGAAACUUAAAAAACCUGUGAGCAUUAAAAUCUCUAAACCUCUCCUGUCCCUGGCAGCCCAGUGGGGGCAACCAGCUGUUCUCACAUGGAACAGACCUUGCUGGAGCAGGACAGGGAGGAGCGUGUGGGGCAGCGGGUGGCUGCUCCUUCAUGACAAGCCCAGCGCAAACAAGUAGUCAAACUUAAUGGGAUUCUUUUAAAAUAAAUUCUUCCUUGUGAGUAUCCUUCACAACUGCAUCAGAGCCUGGCACGCUGCAGCUGUCAACAAGAAGGAUGUCAAGUGUGAGUCGGAUUUAACAAGGGGAGUUUGCUGGAGAAUUAAAGCGAUGAACAGACAUGGACAGAAACACUGGGGAGAAGGCUUGACAUGCUGGGAAGCAACCUGAAGGUAUCUGUCGGUGUGAGAGAAAGGUGAGGUGAGAGAAGACCCAACUGGGUCAGCACAGUGGAGGUGGAAGGCUCAGACAGAGGCAGGACGGUCAUCAUAAGGCAGGAUGAAGGCAAACAGGAGAAUGGAUCGGGAUCCGCUGGCCAAGGGAAUGAACCAACACACUGGGGGACACAUCAUACCCUGAGUGAAUGACACAGCAGAUGUGCCAAAAAAUUGGAGAUGAGAGCAGUUGCAGAAGAGCUGUGCUCUAAUGGGAAAGCAUCAAAACGGGGCUACAAAGCACUGAAAAUCAGAGUUAAAUGUCUUCUUGGAAACAUAAUUUGUUGCAGGUUAUCUAGGAACUGACAAAGGGUCAAUGCAGAUCAGAUUAUUCUUUGCAGUUAUUGAUUGCCCUGCUUUCAGCAACAUUGAGUUUCAUCUGCCAUUGUGCUGUUCACAAACCCAGCUUAAUUAUGGCUUAUUUAAGUCCCUUUAUCUUCUGCUGUCUGGAUUAAUUGAAUACUUUCGUGUCUUCUGAAAACUCUGUGGUGUUUUCCAUGCUUUUGCAAUAGAUCAUUAAACAACAUAACUAUGUCAGACUAUUCCUAAAAUGAAAUUUCAUGGCAGCCCAAUGAAAGCCAAUGGCCUUAGUGAAAAUGUUCACUUAUUUCUCUUCUUUGAAAAAGUCCUCAUGUAUUUGGUAACCUUGUGGUCAAACUUUCUAUUAAAAAAUAUAUAUAUAUAGAAUAUAGAGAUUACAUUGAUUUGGGGACUGUGGAUUUAAGUCUCUUCUGGUUUGUGUGCAGAUACCUCAAAAUAUUAGGGUAUUAUUCAAGAAGUGAAACUUCCUCUGACAGCUGUUUUGCAAGAAACCAGUGAUCAGGUGGUUUGCACCUAAAUAUACAACUUGGAUAGCACAAUGUGCAUGGAGAUUUUUUUUUUUGCAUCCCACCUUUACAAAGAGCUGGUGAUAAGCUCUAAAAGGCAGCGCAGGGAUUUUUUGAGGCAGAUGCCUCCCUUCUCUGCUUGCAGCCCAAACUCCGCUGGGCAUCACACAGCUUCUCUGAUCGACGCUCAAGGAGAAGCAAAAUCCUUAUCUCAUACUGACUUCUAACAUGCUCUGCUUAAUAGGCAGCCCUGAGAGCAGCUACAGGUGUUCACAUACUCUUUAAUCUAAUCUUUUGUUUUUUUGUCUGGUGUCACAGAAGUCACGCUUAAUAGGUUUGCAGUUAUUAGGCAGUUAGAAAAGUUAUUUGCACUUUGCAGUUUGCUGCCAGAAGUGCAGUAGGAGACAAGCACCAAUGUCUUGUGAAUCCCACAGCUGUCGUGACUUUUCCAUUUAAAGAAAGAACAGUUGCUUGAGGCAUUGUAGAAACAUGCAAGAACACAGAAACAGUUUGUUAAUACUGCAAGUGAAUUCGCAGUUAUUGAGAGCAGAUGGUCAGUUCUCACAGUGAAUGAACCUUAAAUCAUCUAGACUUACAAGACUGCUGCAAAUGACAAAAUGAUACCAAAUUCAUAAAAAGAAAUCCUACAUAGCCACAGAGCUUGGCUUAGAUUUGAAUCCUAUAGAAAAUGGCUUAAACUCAGAUAAAGUUGUCACUGUUAAACUGAGUCACAGGCUUUACUCCACAGUUUCAUUCCCUUAUUUUUGCUGGUAUAUAUAACUCUUAUAGCAGUCAAAACUAAGCUAAAAUAAUAAAGUUCUUAAUAUAAUAAUUAUAUUAGUAUCGUCAAUAAAGCUUGGAAUUAAGCUAAUCCUUCCUUGUGCCACUGCAAUUCUGUGGCAGCAAUAUUAGUGAGAAUGGAAAUAGAGCUCUGAAGUUACAUACAGCCAUACAAAUGUUGCUUUAACAAAUUAAUCUGUUCCAGAGGUUGUAAAUUCUUUCCAUACAUGUGUUGGUUGUAAAGAUUCUAUAAAAUAGCUUUAUGGAGGUAUGCAGAAAUACUCUUCAAUGCAGACUGUGGGCAAAUACAAGUUAUUACCACUAUAGGUAAUAGUGGGGCUAUGCAAAUGAAGGCCUUCCAUAAGACCACAUGCCUUUCAGCCUACAUUUCUGUUUCUUACCUCAUUUUCUUAAUCAAAUAGGAAUGUAACUGGGAGGAAGAAGGGAGGCUUAAGCAAAGAGUUUUGUUGUGUGGCUCUUUGUGCAUGUGUCCUGCAAUUGAAUUUCAAACGGUCAGCCACCUCCUCCAAGAGCCCUGAAGUCAUCCUCUAAAACCUCCUUCCCUGAGACAUAUACUCAGCUUUCCAGCUGAUUACAUCUGGACUGCGAACAGUGAAUGACGAUUAAGGUUAAUCUGACUGCCAAUUAACAGGUCUUUGCAAAUGGGUAAACAAGUACUGAAUUCUGUGUGCUGACCUAAAGGCAGCUGACAGGGAUUGCUGACACACACCUGAUUCACUGAGCUUUAAGUGAGAACUGCACUCUGAACUGCAGGAGUGCUCUGAAUACCAACCAAAAGGCUGCAACAGCACUAAUGACAGAGAUCAGGCAUAUGUAAUGGAAAAAAUGUAUGCCCAUCGUAUUUUCAGCACAGGAAGGGAUGUUCGUUUGGUAGGACUGGUGAUCAAUGCAACUUACUCUGACAAAUCCUUCCAUUCUAUACGUAGGGCUAACAGAGCACACACACAUUUGACUGGGUUUGCAGUGCCAUAUCAUUGCUCAGUGUUGGUCCUGUAUUACUUAUUUUGACUAUACUCAUCUGGCUUUGGCUGUGAACAAGUGAACUAGGCAGCUCAUGAUGGUGAAUUCAGUCAUGAGGACUUUGAAAGUGUGUUAUAAAAUCCUGAGAUUUAGCUGAUUGUAGGCAUCACAUUCAUUUCGUAUUUCUGUAUUCAUUUCCACACUUGAUAUGUGUAUUUGUGGUAUUACCCUUUAUUCUCCAUAUUAAUGACAUAGGUCAUAUUUAUUUACACCUCAGCCUCUGCGCAUUUCAUGGCUUUGAACAUACCAAGCCCUGCCACAGUGCCUUCUGGAAUAGCAGUGGUUCUGAUAAGGAACGAAGGUAGAAACAAAUAAGGAACCAAACAGCCAUGCAUGCAAGUUAAGGAAGAUCUCUGGCAAUGCUUGCUCCUGUUUCCUCUCCUACACAUCUCUGUUCCUAACCUAGUAUAUCGCUAUGAACAUACUGACUACUCCAUAUUGACUACUAACCCAUAAGAGCUCUCUUACUACCUUCCCUUUGUGGGACAGAAUCACUUAUUAAUGUAUGAGUACCAACCUUUCUCUAAGAAAUCAAUGAAGCUCCUGCACCGCUAUUUUUCAUUUGAUGUUCCUUUCUCUGACUGCCCCUAAAAAACCCUUCACAUUACCUGUGAGUACAUGAAUUUGCACUUGCAAGUGGGAUAGUAUUUAAAUUUCCAGGUAUAUGCUUAUCAUAUCAUGCUCAUUAGACUUAGGAGGAACUUUUUCACUCAGAAGGGUGGUGACACACUGGAACAGGUUGCCCAAGGAGGCUGUGGAUGCCCCAUCCCUGCAGGCAUUCAAGGCCAGGCUGGAUGGGGCUCUGGGCAGCCUGGUCUGGUGACUGGUGACCCUGCACACAGCAGGGGGUUGAAAUUAGAUGAUCUUUGUGGUCCUUUUCAACCCAGGCCAUUCUAUGAUUUUAUGACAAAAAAGCUCUUAUCGAUAUUGUGCAAUCAACUUCAUUCUCUUCUUAAGACAAAAAUCUGCAUAGCAAGCCAGUUAAUUUCCAGAUCACCGUAAAAUUCAGCAAGUCCAUGUUCUGGCUUCAUGGCACAAUGUAAAAAAUAAGUUGAUGCAUAUGGCAAGCUUACCCUGCAAAAACACUUUCCAUACCUGUUGCUAUGGAAUUUGCAGGUGCUAUAGUUGUUUUACAGAACUGUUCAGUGUUGUAGCCAUUUGCAGAAUCCUUUCCGUUCCAACUGCUUUUUUAAUACUGAACUUGGAAAUCCUAGGACACUUUACAGUCCUGCACUGUCAGCUACAACACUGUGUUAAGAUUUUGGUACCUUGACUCAGUAUCACAGAAUUGCUUCAAAGCCUUACAAACCACUAAGAAAGAAAAGAUUAUGCAAGUUUUUUUGACAGAAUGCAAUCUACUUCAUAAAUUGAAAUGUAGUGUUAGAAAACCUAUAAGAGAAUACUUCUAGAAAUACAUUAAUAACAGUGCAUUUGUCUGAAUUGUUUUGUGAUCCCACAAAACAAUUGAUUGAUGGUUGAUUCAUGACCAACUAUUCAGGCCCUACAAAUAAAAUGUAUUAUCAGCAUAAAAUUCACUUUUGAAGCGUGUAAUUACACCAGUCUGCUUAGCUGGCAUCCCUAUGAGUCCACCAAGCUAUUCUGAAUAGUUUUAUUUUUCUAGAAGGUUGUAAAAAAAAAAAAAAAAGAAUUACAAUAACUGCAGUGAUGAUCUGAGGUAGCACUGUAGACAAAAUGUUGAGGUAGAAUGUGAUAAUGAAACAGUUAUGUGAACAGAGAAUUUUUUCAUGUGCCUCAAUAGCUUCACCAUUUCUUUUUUAUUUUUUUCUUCACCAACCUCAUUAUGCAGGCAACAUCUCCUUUAAAGAAAGCUCUACCAUUAAUAGUCCCGAUGAACAAGCAUGCAAAAUAGUAACAAUAUUAGCGAGAAAAAAAUGUAAUUUUGGCAUCUGGCAUAAUAACUGUGAGGCCAUUUGAAAACUGCUGUGCUCACACAGUAUUUGGACCUCUGUUCAUCAGCAGAGAAGGAUCUGGAGCUGGCUUAGCUACUCAAGGAUUCCAGAUUUCCAGACAUAUUUCUGAUUUUAUAUAAAUCAGUGCGUUAUUUUCUGUUAACCCUUCCACGUUGGCACAGAACGUGGCUGAAAAGCUGCCGACGUGUGCGCCAGGGUUAAGUGUUGCAGCCAUGUCUGACAAAAGUGAACUGAAGGCGGAGUUGGAGCGCAAGAAGCAGCGAUUGGCUCCGAUCAGAGAGGAGAAGAAAAGAAAGGAGGAAGAAAGAAAGGAAAAAGAAACUGAUCAGAAGAAGGAUGUUCUUCCUGUUCAAGAAGAAUCUGACCUUGAAAAGAAGAGAAGAGAAGCUGAAGCAUUGCUUCAGAGCGUGGGCUUGACACUGGAGUCUCCUGUCGUCCCUCCUCCUACCUCUCCGUCUUCCAAAUCCGUGAGUACGCCAAGUGAGGCUGGGAGCCAGGACUCUGGCAAUGGCGCCGUUGGAUCCAGACGUGGACCUGUUGAACUUGGAAUGGCCAAAAUCACACAAGUUGACUUUCCUCCUCGGGAAAUUGUUACGUAUACAAAGGAGACACAAACACCUGUUAUGACUCAGCCAAAGGAAGAUGAGGAGGAAGAUGAUGAUGUGGUUGCACCAAAGCCCUUAGUUGAACCCGAGGAAGUAAAAACGUUCAAAAAGGAAGAGGAGGAGGAAGCUGCCCCUCACGAACUUACAGAAGAGGAAAAGCAACAAAUUUUGCAUUCUGAAGAGUUUUUAAGUUUCUUUGACCACUCUAAGAGGAUUGUCGAAAGAGCCCUUUCUGAGCAAAUCAAUAUUUUCUGCGACUACAGUGGAAGAGACUUAGAAGACAAAGAAGGGGAGAUUCAAGCAGGAGCAAAACUGUCCUUAAAUAGGCAGUUUUUUGAUGAACGUUGGUCAAAGCAUCGUGUUGUCUGUUGUUUGGACUGGUCCUCUCAGUACCCAGAAUUACUUGUUGCCUCUUACAACGAGUAUGCACCUCGUGAGCCUGAUGGAGUGGCCCUCGUGUGGAACAUGAAGUACAAGAAGACUACACCAGAGUACGUCUUUCAUUGCCAGUCAGCAGUAAUGUCAGCUACAUUUGCAAAAUUUCAUCCCAAUUUGCUGGUUGGUGGCACAUACUUGGGCCAAAUCGCGCUAUGGGAUAAUCGCAGCAAUAAGAGAACUCCAGUGCAGAGAACUCCACUUUCAGCUGCUGCUCACACGCGCCCCGUCUACUGUUUAAAUGUUGUUGGGACCCAGAAUGCUCAUAACUUGAUCAGUAUCUCAAAUGAUGGGAAGUUAUGCUCUUGGAGCCUAGACAUGAUUUCCCAGCCACUGGAUAGCAUGCAGCUGGUUCACAAACAGUCCGAGGCUGUGGCUGUUACUUGCAUGUCCUUCCCUAUUGGAGAUGUCAACAACUUUGUUGUUGGAAGUGAAGAAGGCUCAGUCUAUACUGCAUGCCGUCACGGGAGCAAAGCUGGAAUCAGUGAGAUGUCUGAAGGACACCAGGGACCAAUCACAGGUAUCCACUGCCAUGCAGCAGUUGGACCUGUAGACUUCUCACAUCUUUUUGUCACCUCUUCUUUUGACUGGACAGUAAAGCUUUGGACAACGAAGAAUAACAAACCUCUCUACUCAUUUGAAGACCACUUAGAUUAUGUUUAUGAUGUUAUGUGGUCUCCAACGCACCCUGCCCUGUUUGCCUGCGUGGAUGGGACGAGCCGGCUUGACCUGUGGAAUCUCAACAAUGACACUGUGGUGCCAACUGCAAGCAUUACUGUAGAGGGCAAUCUUGCUCUGAACCAUGUGAGAUGGACACAUACUGGGAGAGAGAUUGCUGUCGGUGACUCAGAGGGCCAAAUAGUUAUAUAUGAUGUGGGAGAGCAAAUUGCAGAUCCUCGCAGCGAUGAGUGGACUCGGUUUGGCCAAACACUGGCAGAAAUAAAUGCCAACAGAGCUGAUGCGGAAGAGGAAGCUGCAACCUGCAUCCCAGCAUAGAUCUCUGCAAAUGGGCAGCAGUGGUAGGCUUGUGAAUGAUCUGAUGCGAAUCUUAGAAGUAUGAGCAAGUGUCAGUAAUGGCUUAAGGGAGUAUGCGGAUUCAACCAUGGACUUGGAAAACGUGUUAUGAUCUCUGAAAAUCAGAUCUUGCAUUGUUGACUUCUAUAUAAAACUUACAAGCACAUUAUUUGACUUAUGUAACUUUUAAUACAGUUAACUUUGGCACCUGUACAGGCUGGGAGGAGUGGUCCUUGAGAGCAGCUCGGCAGAGAAGGACCUGGGGGUCCUGAUGGACGAGAGACUGAACAUGAGCCAGCAGUGCGCUCUGGCAGCUCGAAAGGCAAAUGGGAUCCUGGGCUCCAUCAGGAGAGGGGUGGCCAGCAGGGACAGGGAGGUGAUUGUCCCUCUCUACUCGGCUCUUGUGAGGCCCCAUCUGGAGUAUUGUGUCCAGGUGUGGAGCCCUCAGUACAAGAAAGACAUAGAGAUUUUGGAAAGGGUCCAGAGGAGGGCGACUAAGAUGAUCAGGGGGCUGGAGCACCUCCCCUAUGAGGACAGGCUGAGGGAGUUGGGCUUGUUCAGCCUGGAGAAGAGAAGGCUGCGGGGUGACCUCAUUGCAGCCUAUCAAUACCUGAAGGGAACCUACACCCAGGAGGGGAGUAAACUCUUCAAAAGGGCUGACAACAGCAGGACUAGGGGAAAUGGAUCCAAGUUGAAGGAGGGAAGAUUUAGGUUGGAUGUUAGGGGGAAGUUCUUUACUAGGAGAGUGGUUAGGCCCUGGAAUGGGCUGCCCAGGGAGGUUGUGGAUGCCCCGUCCUUGGACGUGUUUAAGGCCAGGUUGGACGGGGUCCUGGGCAACCUGAUCUGAAUGUGUAUGUUUGGUGGCCCUGCUAGGCAGGGGGGUUGGAGCUACAUGAUCCUUGAGGUCCCUUCCAACCCGGGUGAUUCUGUGAUUCUGUGAUUCUGUGUAACUUUGACUUUGCAAGGAACUUCUUUUGCUGAAACACUAACCUGGUGUAAAUUUGCUGUUAAGCUUCUGAAAUCUCCACUUUAUAAACAGUAUGUUUCUGGAAAGUAGAAAUUGUGUUUCUAAACAAGUUCUGUUUCUAAACUAAACUUCCUAUAUUACACAUUAGCCUUCAUGAGGUAGUAAGUUUCUGAAGGGUUCUUUAAUUCAAACUGCAAGUGGAUAUGCAUGUGUAUGUUCCAAGUAAGUUUCAUUGCUUAUAUAGAGAUAAGCUUCAGACUCUGGUAGUGAGUAAUAUGAGUGAAUAAAAUGUCUGUAGUUACAGUUCAUUUCAUAAUUGGACCAGAAUUGAUGAAAUACAUAUUUAAUAACAAUAAGAAGUUCUUUUGUUUUGAAUUGGUGCAUUGAAGGGUGAGACUGAUUCAUAAAUAAAUCAUUUUUUUCGUCCUUUCUAAAUCUGACACUGCUCUUCCUUAAGGGCCAGGAUUUGGAGAAAAAAAAAGCAGAAAAUCCCAUGGGAUUGAAAACAACAGAUGUUGCCUGUUUUAAGCUUUAUUCCAAAUUGCUGAAUUUAGUGCUUUUAAGAUUUUUCUGCCUCUCUUUGCAGAAGCCCAUGAUUUGCUCUUUAAUGGAUUUUCAAGAAGUUGACUCGGACUGGAAUAUAUGAGAUUUUCAACUUAAAAUGUGCCAUUUUUCUGGAGAGUUACUAAAAACAUAGUAGAAGUAAGAAAGAACCAGUUUCAGGGCAGUAUCACUGUGGAUCAGUACUUUAAGCAAUAAGCCCAACAUAUUACCAUCCCCAUAAAUGUGCAGUGCAUGCUACUCAUGUCCCACUCAACUGCCCUCGUGCUUCCUGCUCCUCCAUUUCAGUACUUCUCAACUGUCAAGCUCAGAUUACAGCAUCCUGCCCCUUGAUUACUGCAAGGGGAUUUGCUAGCUUUCCUUAGAAACAAAAUUACUUUUUUUUCUCCAGAAUCAGUAAUGUUCCAGCACCUUCUCAUCUGCUCUCCAUCACCAGAGAUUUGGCCAAAUAGCCCCAACCUGCAGCAGUAAAACUCAUUCCUUUUCCAGGUGAGCGACUGCAUCUUUCGAAAAGAUGCUCUGAUCAUGAUUCAUUUCAUGGUAGACGUGCCCAAGGCGAAUCAGGUAUUGCAAGAGUAUUCUGAAGGAUGGAUUAAAACACAGUAGAUUGGUAGGAAAUGGUAAGAACGGUAUAGCUAAAAGCAGGAUCUGCACUGUGCUUUAAAUGUACAUUAAUAUUAAAUGAUGUAAAAAGAUGAGACGAGGUAAAAGGAACGCAGACUGGGCAAAUGCAUCCUGGAAGUCAACGAUUCCAAAAAAGCUUGAGUGGAGAAAUAGUGAUGUGGAAAAAAUAACUUUAACAUAUAUCAGGGGAAAAAAAAAGAAAAAGGAAAAAAAAAAGCAAGGAAGGAUGCUGAGGACAGUUUUGACAUUCAUUUCAAAAGAUCUGAGGGGAUUCAAAAAACAAUCACAUAAAGUAUGAAAGCGUUGGAUAUUGUACAACAAGCAGCAGCAGUUUCACUCAUCUGAAAAAGAAGUCUGGGAGAGAAUUUUAUCACAGUGUAGUGGCAUCCAAGAGUGAAGAUCUCUUCAUUCCAUGAAGAGAGCCUAACAAGAACCAGCAUCUGAAACGUGAGCACGUGUUCAAAUUUAAAGGUAAGCAUAUGUCUUAUGCAUUUUUUGCACAAGAGAAUUUAAUUCUAGAUCAAACUGCCAAAGAAUGUGGUAGAUUCUAUUUUUGUCUGCAGGGCAAGAAAGAAUUCUUUUUGGGGAAGGUUGCUGAAGCUAAGCAACCAAGUUAUGUUCUCAUCACAAGGCAGGAGAUGGAUGGGAAGCCAGGCCCAAACAGCUGAUGGAUUUAUGCUUUAUUGGUCAGAUCGUUCUAUUAAGUGUCAGAAACUGUGUUUACAGUGAAUACAGCUGCAGUCAUUAAUAAAAUUAAUUGAAACUGACUACCCUUUAUUUAAUCACUGACUACCCUUUACUUAAUCACAUUUGCAUUGCUGCAAGACCACUGAAUUGCAAAUGGAUGAAAUAUUAAACCUGAUCUCUUCACACGUGCUGAGAUUUUAACAAUACUUUUAUGAACCCUUGAUCCCUAUUUUAUGCCUCAGUUUCCUCAUGCAUUCCAGUUUUUACAACAGCACAUACAUUACAGAAGCAACAGGAGUUAAACUUUAAUGCAUUUGUGUUGUCUGCCAAGCUUGAAAUGGAUGCAAGUAUCAGUCCUUAAGGAAUUGGUGUGCUAUUCAUGUUCUCUUAGAAAUAAAAAUCUAUUUUUCAGGUUAGUGUAGAGAAAAAUAUAUAUAUUUUCUGGUCUUCAGUGGGGACAUCUCACUUUGAUACUCUAUCAUAAAGUUUGCUCUGGGAUUAUUGAGCAACUGGGAAGGAAUGUGCCUAUAGGAUUGCUGCAUGCAGGAGAUGCAGAAAUUCAGUUUAAUCAGAAGUGAUUUUUAAUUUGUUUUUCCCAGACUGAAAUUCUAACAUACUCAUCUUCCAGAAAAAAGGUUUGGCUUCGGACUUCACCACUGCCUUUCCAUUUCCCAAAUGAAGAACAAGGAUGCUGGGACACACUGAUACGAAAUCCAGGGCCGAGUCUUAAUCAACAGCAGCACUGGAAACAAGAAGCACCAUCAUGAGCUCCAGGUUCAACAGUUUUGAGGUGUGCUGAGGUCACCCGUCCUGGGUCCAUGGAC